UCCACACUCCAGAGGAUGGUGAUAACUGAUGUUGUACAUCUCAUGCACCCGCGUGACGUCACCAGCCAGCUGAGAAACAUGGCGGCCGAGAGCGAUGUCCAGUGUGAGAUUGAGGUCCUGCAGUCCAUCUAUCUGGAUGAGCUGACGGUCACACGGAAUAAUGAAGGAGGAUGGAGGGUCAGUAUGAUGCUCCACCCCUCCACAGGUGAGGACUGUCUGGCGCAGUUUGUCCGUCUCACACUGACACUGGACCUGGACUCAGAGUAUCCAGCGUCUACACCUCACAUCUCCAUCCACCAUCCCCGAGGUCUCUCAGACGAAAAGCUGCUCAGUUUACAACACAGUCUAUGCCUGGAGGCUGAGGAGUGUGUGGGGAUGCCCGUGCUCUAUCAGCUGAUUGAGAAAGCUAAAGAGAUCCUGACAGAGAGCAACAUUCCUCACGGCAGCUGUGUGAUCUGUCUGUACGGCUUUAAGGAGGGCGAGGUGUUCACGAAGACGACCUGUUAUCAUUAUUUCCACUCUCACUGUCUGGGCCGCUACAUCACACACUCUGAGGAGGAGCUGCAGGAGCGAGUGAGGGAGCUGGAGGAGGACAAGACCAGAGACAGAGAACAGGACCAGGAGCUGUGUGUGGUGUGUCCUGUGUGCAGAGAGCCACUGAUGUACAAUGUCAACGCUCUGCUUUCAUGUCCACAGCCAAAUUACCCUCAGGAGGAUGAAGCAGUCACUGGUGAAUUUAAAAGGAAGUGGGUGGAGCUACAGAAGAUUCUGGAUCGUCAGAGAGAGAAAGGAGGAGUCAUCGACCCUGAGGCCGAGUCUAAUCGCUUCCUCAUUCACAUUAAUGAUGUCCCCACUGACUCCUCGGACCCCAUCUGUACCAACGCUCCAGAUCCUGCCCAAGCUCUGCCCCCUCCUCCUCCCCCUCCUGAGGGCCCGAAUCAGAACCCUCGUCCUGCCCCAGUGGAGAACACGUCACACCCGCCCCAUCGCCAAGCUCCUCAUGGCCGGAGACAGCAGGCGGGGUUCAGAGGAGGCAGAAGAGACCGGGGAAAAGGUGAAGGUGGACGAGGAGGACAUGCUGCUCAUGCGGUUCCUCCACCUGUGCUGGAGAACAUGGCCAAGCUCAGUGUUUCUGCAUCAGAAAGCAGCAGGAGCAACGGAGCCCCGGAAGACACCAGAGAACACAGAGACGGACAUUUAGCUGUGGUAAAAGAUCAACCGAGACGGGCUUUAGUAGAGGUGACCGGCAAAACAAGCCAUGAGGAGACACCGGGGUCGAAGCACGAACAGCAUGUCCCGUUAGACAGCGCUCAAACCGGAGCAAGGGAACGAGGAAGCAGGCAGGAUCGAGAAAGAGGAAGGAGGUAUGGACCACAUGGGCCAUCGUAUAGCCACUGGCAUGAGAGAAACGCUCAGUGGGAUAACGGUGGGAACGUCCACCAUCACCACCUCAGAGGUGCGAGAGGACACCGGACGGGUCACUACAGAGGAAAUGGGAAAAGCUGGCAUCAGAGAACCGAGAGCGAGUUGAGGAAGGAAGGAGUUCUCUGACAGUGGGAGGAGGGAGGAGCACACACACCGAGCAGCUUCCCUCCCGCCUCUCUCGCCUGUACCUGCAUCAUCAAUGCUGCUGGAAUAAAGUUCUGCACCUGCACUGUAGUGAGCUGUGUGAUUAUUUCUACCCAACACACACACACA